UAUUGGUGGAGUAAGUGGACCACCUCCCGGAUGUACUUCAGUAAUUUCGCCCGACAGCGUCCCCGCCGUUAAACAGACAGAACUCCCGAAUAAUACAUUUACUUUCGUUUUGCCUCGCGGGGAAGUUUAAUUUGACGAAUACACUUUUCUGUAACUUUACAGAGACCAACUGAAGGUAAAACCAUGAAGACAUUUGUCUGCGCAGUUCUCCUCGGUAUACUCUGUAUUCCUCUUUCAAUCGCCAAAGAAUGGUCACCCACGGUUCAGGUGUACAGCCGGGAACCAGGACACUUUGACAAAGUCAACACUCUCAUCUGUCAUGUGAGCGGCUUCCACCCACCAGAGAUCACCAUUGAACUGCUCAAGAACGAACAGGCUAUGCCAGGAGCCAAGCAGACCGACCUGGCCUUCGAUGAGAGUUGGCACUACCAUCUAACCAAGCACGUGCCCUUUACCCCAAAACAAGGAGACAAGUUUGCCUGCCGAGUGACUCACAUGGGAAAGUCCACCACACACGUCUGGGAAUCAGAUAUGUAAGAUCUAUGCUCCGCCUUGCUCCAGGUGUGCUCAGUAUCAGGAAGAUGGAGAAGAUUGGAUUGAUUAUCUGUAAUCUUGUACUUUAUUGUGAAAGUUUAUAAAAUGUCAGACACAAUUGCACUUACACUUAUUUGUAUAUUUUCUAUCAGAAAUACGAAAUGGCAAUAAAGCUUCAUUAAGUAAUAGUUGACCACUAGAUGUUUCAGUUAGUGUGUAGACAAACAGGAACAGAUCAAUAAAUAAGGUGUAGGGUAAGAUAAGAUAAAUACAAUACAUGCCUGUAUGAGUACUCGUCCAUUCUACUUAUUUCUCUAAAAGAAUAUGCAUGAACAAAAUAUGAAAUUGGUUUUUAGUUAACUUGAAUGAUGGACGUUGACAUCUGCUGUUUGACAUAAGGCUUAAUGUCAAGUCAGCUUUGA